GUCAGCAUUAAUGUCAAAGACUUACAGAACAAUUUAUUUAGGGAAUUUUCAUCGCUAUAGUUAACUUAUUCAUUUGUUCGCGGGACAAUUAUCUUUUGACACUUUUAUUAUCACAUUAUCUUCAAAUUGCAACCAACCAGCUUCCUACCUGGUAAUGUGAUAGCUGCUGGUAUCAAGACUCCGUACUGCCCUGAGACCAACGGACUCACCCAACUUUAUGAUAUACAAAUCUACAAAUAACUAACAAACUGAAUGAAAUUAUUGCGGUCUAGUGGGUAGACUACCACUCCCUAAACAAAACCGAACCCAUCGAAUUGUACUGAUACAACAGUAUAUACAAUAUCGAGACAAAGAUAUUGGACAUCGGAUUCAUUGUUUCUGGCCAAUCAAAUAGCAGUCCUGAAACAAAACAACGUUUGUAGAAAUUUGAAGCUUUCAGUUUGUUGUCGUGACUGAAAUAGCAAACCUAUUUAAAAGCACUCACUUCUAUUUCUUUUCUAUUUGAAUAUGUUUCGCCUUGAAAUUGUCUACAAGUUAUUUCACUUUAUGCGUUUUCCAAAGGAAGAAAUGGACGUAUUUUCUAAACCAACAUUAUUCACUCGAGUCUUUGCUCUUUCUAUAAGAAAUAUGAGUUCUACAAAUCAACAACCAAAGCAUAAAAUUCUUAUCGUAGGUGGAGGCGCAGGUGGUUGUUCAAUAGCUAAUCGUUUAUGUAAACAUUUCGAAAAGAAUGAAGUUGCUGUCAUUGAGCCGUCUGCAACUCAUUAUUACCAACCUUUAUGGACACUUGUUGGUGCUGGUAUUAAACCGUUAAAGGAAUCAGCUCAACCUCUAGAAAAAGUUUUAACAUCAAAAGCCACAUUGUAUAAGGAUAAAAUUACACAUAUUGAACCAAAAGAAUCUUAUGUUGUACUAUCAAAUGGAGAUAAAAUAUCAUAUGAAUAUUUAAUCUUGGCACUUGGAAUAACUUUACGUUAUGAUAAGAUUAUUGGAGCUGAAGAAGCAUUGAAAAAUGAUCCGCGUGUUUGUUCAAACUAUUCUACAGAUUAUGUAGAAAAAACUUAUAAAGCUUAUCAAAAUUUCAAUGGCGGUAAUGCUGUGUUCACAUUACCAGCUGGACCAAUUAAAUGCGCUGGUGCACCACAAAAAGUUAUGUACCUAUUUGAAGAUUACAUGAAAAGGUCUGGUAAAAAGAUUUUGGCAAAUAUUCAUUAUUUUACUGCUACUAAUAAAAUGUUCUCAGUUGAUAAAUAUUCAGAAAAUUUAACAGAAAUCUGUAAAAAACGAAAUAUCACUUGUAAUUUAUCAUACAAUUUAGUUGAAGUAGAUUCACAAGCUAGUGAAGCAGUAUUUCAACACAUAGAAACUAAAGAACUUAAACGAAUCAAAUAUGACUUUUUACAUAUCACUCCACCAAUGUGUUGUCCGGAAAUUUUAACUAAAACACCAAAAUUAACUAAUCCAAAAGCAUCUGAUUAUGUAGAUGUCAAUGUGAAAACAUUACGACAUAAUCAUUAUGAUAAUAUAUUUGCCCUUGGCGAUUGUGCUGCAUUGCCCACAUCGAAAACUGCUGCAGCUGUAGCUGGUCAGGUGGGAACAUUAGAAAAGAAUAUCUGUGAUAUUAUUAAUGGUGGUCAAGGGAAUGUUUCUGAAUACGACGGAUAUACAGCUUGUCCUAUAGUUACAGGUUAUAAUCGUGGUAUUAUAGCGGAAUUUGAUUAUAGAGCUAAACCAUUAGAAACAUUGCCUAUUGAUCAAGGGAAAGAACGUUAUUUAUUCUAUUUUACAAAAACAUACCUUCUACCACCACUUUAUUGGGAUGGACUUUUAAGAGGAAUAUGGUCUGGUCCAAAAACUAUCCGAAAUCUGCUGCACUUACAUCGACCUUCAUAUUCAGAUGCAGAAAAAUGAUCGUUCAAAUAUCUUGAAGAAAAAUAAUAAUUUUCUGACAUUUCCCAUGUAUUCUUUCUCUUAUCAUGAGCGUGUGUGUGUGUGUGUGUGGAUGUGUAUGUAUGUGCCUAUUAUUAUGUAAUUGAUUAUUUCCUAAACAUUUACACAUUUUGUUCUAGUUCCAUUGACUUUUUCUUUGUAGUUUCAUGUUUUUAUUGUAACUUUUGCGUAACAAAAUAAUAACACAUUUUCAUUUUGUUCAUUGAUUUGAUUGUUAUAGGUAAGUGUGCAUUUUCCUCCUCAACGAAUACCAUAAUUACGUCCAUUCCUAGAUGUCAAUGCCUAUCCCCUUAUACCUUUUAAUGGUCGUCUACUGAAUAACGUAAUCAUCAAUAGCUACUAUUCAACUAAAUGAAUAUUAUAUAUGUUAUGUACAUUGUAAUGGUUUCGACACUGAUAAUGUUGAUAUACUUAGUUAAGUUUGAUGAAUGUUUAUUGUGUGAACAUCAAUACUUGGAGCUGGAGGUAUGCAUCCAGUUGAUGAAAUUCCUUGUUGGAUGCAUAUACCCGUCUUGGAUUUAACUGUUAUUUAUUAUCUAGUAGUAUAAUGUUACAAAUAAUAAUUGAAGACUUUUACCAUUACCAAUAUUAUCAUAAAUAUUAUUUGAAUAUCGAUUUGAGCAAUAGUUUAUCAGCUUACUAAUGACUCUACUUCUAACCUGUUAUGUUCAAGGUAAAAUUCUUCUCUAGGUAGCCACGUCGUACAAUCACCAACUUUUACAUAAAAAAAUGUUUGCCAGUAAAUCUCAUUUUUCUAUAGUUUACGUUACAAACUAACUUCAAUUAGACAACCAUUCAAUAAGAGAAGGGAUUGAAUAGUUAUGGAACAUUUUAAUAACGCUACUCCACCUUUAUAUUAAUGAUAAUCAUUUAAAGUGUUAAUUCCUGUAGUUCUAAUGAGAGGUCAUGAUCAGUGUCGUUCAACAAUGUCGGUUGUGGGUCAGCCUUUUACCAGUCGCUGUUAGUCAGUCAAACUAAACGUAGAACCUGACACAUGUGUCAUUUGAUUCAAGUUGCCAUACCCCAUCAGUACAGCAAGACGAAACUUUCAGGGAAAAUCCCUGAGUAUUUGGUUUAAUAACAGUAUUAGUGAUGAUAAAAAAAAGGUUACACGCCAAAGGUACGAUUCUAGAAAAAAAUAUAAAUUAGCGAAAUUUAAAAAACCUUUAUGAGGGAAUUUAUAAACUUGGAAUCUAAGGGGAAGACAAAUAGUGAAUACAGCUAUGCCACAUCAAACGAUUGUUAGCUAUGUCACCUAAAGUUCCUGAGUGCUUGUUUCACGUGGACCUAAACCAAGUAGUAUGGACCUACCUACAGACUCAGUCCAAUGAUGAAUGUCUUCAAGAACAGGUGCCAUAUCUUAGUUUGGCACCCACUUUGUUUCUCUCAUCAUACUACAGUGAACACGAUCACGCGUCAAGAUAGUUUGUGGGUGAGCUUACAUAAAGCGUGUCCUAUUAGUCUAAAUCGAUAAAUACUCACUACCUAAACCUAUUUGUCAGACCUGAUACUCAGAGUUGCUAACUCAAUGGUCUCAAGCUAUAAGAAAAAUAGUUCGAAGACACAUGAUCAAAUAUUAGUGAACUACGAGUAUCCUCUACUUUUAACGACUUCGUGUAACAGCCACAAAGUAAAAUUGAGCGAAAUGUUAAGGAAUUAACUCAUCAUUUGUUUGGCAGACGGACAUCUUGCCUAAGUCACAUGUGAUGCAACUGGUUAGAAGUCAACCAAGCUUGCUGAAUUCGUACAGAGAUUCCGUCAAACACCAACCCAACAGGACCGGUGAAACUUCCAAGGAAAGGAAAGUGAUCGACGUAUUCAAAUACUUCACUCCUGUUCAGUGAAAUGUCAAUUGGUUAAAGUUAGAAAUCUAAACCAUUGGACUCAAACUCAGAUAUGAAUGCCAAGCAGUCACCUUGGAACUUAGAGAUUCUGGUUUUAGUCUAUGGUAAGAUGAUGAAUUCACUUAUUCAAAGAGUCCCAUUCUAAAACGAUAUAGCUAUUCGAUGCUUUCUAGUUUUCAAUGUUUAUCUGAUUCAUAUCAUUUUGUAAUAUAAAUCAUAAAAAUUUAACGAUUCAUUACAUUCAGUCGCAUUAUUAUUCUAAUUAAUGGCAGAUUUCUUAUCUUAUAUCAUUAUACUGUGUAUAAUAACUACAAGUUGAACGUGUUAACUAUGACAAUAUAAACAUGUGUGUUUAUUCAGUUAUCAUUGAAAUCAGAUGACAAUUUUAUGAAUUUCUAUAAAUGUAAUGUGGCGCUGUUUGUUUGUUUGUUUGUUCGUUUAUUCAUUAUUAGAAACAUAGUAUCUAGCAUAAAUGUUUAUCGAUUCAAGGUAUUACAUAAAGGAAACAAUAAUAUAAAUUAAAGAAUUCCUUACAGUGGACGAAUAAAAUGAUGAAAGCUCCACGACCAAAUCAUCCAACUCAGAGAACAAAACUCCAUCAAAAUCAUCUACUUGAGCUUCAAAUGAGUAAAUGUGAAAUAGGAAAUAGUAUUGUGUUUUUAAUGGUUGGAGAUAAUAGACAACAAAGCGUUUUUAGUAAACAGAAUACACCCAUUAAGACAUUAAAUAAAAAAGAUUAGUCCAGCAAAGAGUUCUCUUUUUGUCGAAUUCACUUUCAAAGAAUCGGAAAUUCUCCUCUCUAAGAUGUUUGUGGCUCUUUAAAACGAACGUUCUUCCCAGUAACAUUGCGAAUGGUAUUCUCCAGCUAAUCAUUGUUCACUAAUAAUCUCAAAGAUAAAUUAUCGCAUCUGACCAACUUAAUGUGCACUUACCAAUUUACCUGCUAAUAUGGAGCUAGGUACAUAGGUCGUUUGAUGCGUACUUUAUCCAAAAGUAUUCAAGAACAUUAUCAGGCGUGGCUAAAAAAGGGGCAAUGGCUCAAUAGUCGAACUUCUUGUGAACACAGUUCACGCAUUCAAGACAGGCUCUGCGUUCAAAGUCAUUUACAAGAUGGCCGGUGACGACUGAUCCAUCAAAUGAGGCGGAAGUCCGCAAGGAACUCCAACUCUUGAAACGCUACAAAUCACCGGGCUCUAUGCUUGUGAAACCUGGCCUCUCCGAGUUGAACAUGUUAGACGACUCUCUGUGUUUGAUCAUCGCUGUCUCCGAAGGAUUGCUGACAUUCAGUGGCAACACCAUGUUAGUAAUGCAGAG